GGAAGCUGAAAAUUGGCUAUGCCUUGACCCUAUUGUUGUUGCGCGGUCUCUCUCUCUUUGCGUUCGUGUGUGUAUGGGUUUUAAUUGCGUGGUUUUUCCGUUUUUGUUUUCUGUGCCUCGUGAGCAAUACACACACAUGGAUGAGACACGCGUGUGCAAGCUGAUCCAAUCAUGAUCGCCUCACCAGAUUCAUGUGCUGCACGAAUGUCUCAAGGAUGAUUCCACCGUACUUUUCAGCGAAGGGAGACCGUCGGGCUAACAGUCAUUUUCUAUUUGGUCCGUGUCUUGGUGCCGACCUUUAUUGGACAGGUCGACAAGGGCACUCCAGCCAUUCAUUCAGAUGAAUGAUGUCGUUCUAUGCCCCGAGCUGUAGCUCACAAUAAAUAUCUCUGGUUGUCACAAAAAUCAUGUCCCUCUUCGCAAGCAUGGGGUCCGGAGUCCGGACGAUUCCCCGUAAAAUCUGACGCAGACCUCAACAGACCAACAUCAGAUUCUUCAGAUCUCUUGACCUCAUGAUGAUCCCUUGCUUUGGACGUGGCUUGCAUUCGUAAGUAUUGCUCCUGAAGGCCUUCCCAGCCCUUCCGCGCGUAACAUCAUGGGGCCUCGCCACAAUCUGUUGGCGUGCCUUCUUCUGGUUGGGCUCUUCGGCUGCCCACCCACGUCCGCAUGGGGGCUCAACCACACACGCGAGCACCUCCUGAGAAGGCUGCUUGGUAAUGAAAAAUGGCCCCCUUUCUCAUGCCUGCCGUCUCCUGACAUUGGUGCAGGUCCUCCUGAGGUAUCUGGGGCGUGCAGGUGCUCUUCAUGCGCCGACAAAUAUGGCCAUCAUGUGGACAUACCGAUGAAAGAGAGCCUCAGCGAUGAGGAUCGGCGUCUCAGCUGCGCCGCUCUGUGCGCGAGUGAUCCAACAUGCACCGGUUUUGAGGUGUGGCUAGCGCCUCGAGAGUCCAACUGUGAGGUGCAUUGGACACCCAUCGACUGGAUUGACACAUCGGCAGACAACAUCGAAUGCUUCCCCAGACGAGGUGCGCAGAUGUACUGAUGUGCUGUCUGUGUCACCAUGCCUCUUGAUGUGGUGCCUGUGCGGUGUUUGCGUCUCGCUCUCUUAGGCUAUGCGCCGGUGGAUCUUGUAAUUCUGCUUGAUCGGUCUCUGUCGGUGAAAAGUAAUGGGUGGAGCCUGGAGACGGAAUUCACGCGAAAGCUGCUGGACGCGCUGCCCAUUGCCCCGGGAGAGAUCAACGUGGCCAUUAUCCACUUUGGAGCCGACACCUACUAUGCCAUGCCAGAUGAGGUUCAUAGCCACAAAGCCACAUCCCCACGCUACAGAAUGUCGGUUAUCCCAUAUGUUGCCUAUGCAGGCAAUGUCGUCCUCUGGCGACUUCAUCCAGACAAAGGAGGAGGCCCUGACGGCCAUUGACAACCUUGCCGUCCUCGAGCUCGAGUACGGCACGGACCUCAUCGGUGCUCUGCAUGCCAUGAUCACCGUGCUCAAGACCAAGAGCCGCAAGGCCAAGCAGCAGGGAGAGCUGGUGUCGGUGGUGCCGUGGUUCGCCGUGAUUAUCACUGAUGGCGAGAACACGCACCGCUGCAAGGAGGUCUCUGGGGAGACCUUCUGCAUGCCGUCUGGGGAGUUCGUGAAGUGGAAGCAUCACCCCAACUACCGCGGCAAGAACCCCUCAUGGGUGGAGCAGAAGAUGGACCAUGUCCUGGUAUGUGGAAGGGGAAGGAAUAGCCGCACAAAUAUGUUCUGGUCCCUGAGGGUUUGUCUGUGUGUUAGGCUGAGGUGCCUGAAGUGCGUCGUUUCUGCAUCGGAGUGCGGCUCAAGACACAGAGAGGCCGGGUGAGCGAUACACCGAUGGAUGCACACGUGUGGACGGGAUGUCUGCGUGUCAGGAUGAUUUGUGGGCGAUGGCGAGCAUCCUGAAGGAGGACCAUGUGUUUGAGAUCCUGAGCUUCGAGCUGCUUGACUACCUCAUCGAACAACUGCUCAUCCUCAUUGGCUCAUUCGAAAGUCAGUCAGUCAGCCAGCGACUGUCAGCCAGCCAUUGAUUAAGAGGAGGCAUUUCUGCAUGUGCGCGUGUGUGUGGUACGUGUCAGUCUGCGGGAUAGAGAAGGAGUGGACUGAAUGGAUUUGCAACGUCGAGUGCGGCCAAGGCAGAUACGUCCGGACUCGGAUCGAGCGGGUGAUGUCCUCACAAAGAGACCAACAAACGAACCAACGAACGACGGAAGGAGCACCAUCGUUGAUGGUUGUCCAUGUCAAUCAGGUGAGCCUGGGGCGUGAUUGUGUCGGUGUGGGUGAGGGGACGUGGACGCGCGUGGUCAAGGAGUUCGACGAGACAGGCGGCAUCUGCAUCAACCCAAAAAUGCCCGUCUGCCCUGACGGUCACGACGUUAUCUGCCGCAUUUUGUUGCUGGGCCUCGUGACCUACCCCGAGCUGGUCAAGUUCCUCAUCAAACACAUCGAGUGGUUUGAAGAUAUCAUCACCAGCUGCGUCCACAUCAGUAAUAAUAACAAGUAACCGAUACCAAAGGGAGCGAUAGGUCCUCUCUGUCUGCAGGCACGUAUUGCCCGAUGCUGAACGUGACGUACAUCAACCCGCCGCCGUCAUUCCUCGAGCACGUGUACCCGGCCUCGUAUUUCGAGCUGAUAAGCGAGGAGCUGAUACUGCCGACGGUGGACCACACAGUGGAGUUCCAGGACAUCCACAGGGCCCUCACGCACAGCGCGGCCAUACCCAAUGGAGUGGGCGACAUCCACCUCAAGAUGGCACACAUGUUCACUGACGCGCCGCUCGUACAGGUGGAUCGAUAGAUGCAUAUACACAUACACAUCCAGAUACACAGACACACACACACACACACACACAUAUAUAUAUAUAUAUAUAUAAAAUACAUACACACAUGCAUACGUACAUGUACGCGGUUGUUGUGUCUCGUGUCAUAUACGGACCCCGUCCGUGUGCAGGUGUUUCGAGUGACGACCCAGCGACAGUUCUCGCCCCUGCUGCCCAAAGAGGUGAUCGACAUGCUCGCGCACUGCGAAGGAGGUAUGCAUGCCACACACACACACACUGAAGACACCACCGUUGGAUUCCACUGCGUCUUUGCCCGGGCAGUGAGUGAGUGCGGCAACAAGGCGGGCAUCGAGGGAGUGCUGUCGUCAAAGCUGCCGUCGGCCACAUUCACACUUACGGAUGAGUCGUCUAGCGAUCGAUUCGCCGCCAAGCUGCAGUGCGUGACGCGGGAAGACGCAGAAGACAACCCGUACGACAACCCCCUGCCACCCACACCAGCACCGCCACAAGAGAAACUCAGAGGUGACUCACCCACUGAUUGACUCCCACACCCACGCACUCAAGCACACACCUGACUGUUUGUCUUUUGUCCCAGUGUGUCAGGAUCUGAGUGAGUGGUCCGAUUGGGAGUGUAACGCCGAGUGUGGCAAGGCCAGCCACGUGCGGACCAGACGGGAGAGGGUCGUCUUUGACACCUCGUGUGACGACGCCGAGGCGUCUCCAUGGGACCGCCGAGCAAAGGAGUUCCGCGUGCCGUCGUCACCCGGUGAUGAUGGCCUCUGCCGCAGCGACCUUACUCGAUGCGCUUUCGGUCAGUGAAUGGAUGAAUCCAAUCGUCAUGGAUGUCUUGUCGUGUCGAUGUCUGCAGGUGAGCGCACCAAGUGUGGUGGGUGGUAUGCGGCAGCCCCUCACCGGCACUUCGAGUCGUUCCUCUCCGACCUCACAGGCACCUCAUGCACCAAAAUCAGUGAGACAACGAAAAAGAAAGAGACAGAAUUCGCCACGAAUCCUUCGUUCGUCAGGCCAGUACUGCCACCACAUGAGCGUGACUUUCGAUCCCGGCCACAAGGGGUGCAAUCCGUGGUUGGACCUCCUCGAGACCUUCUCGCCCGCACCUUUCCUCCUCACGUCAGAGCAGCUCUUCCUGAACGAGACUGCGCACACACUGCGGUAUGUAAUGGUUGAGACCGCCCAGUCGUCCUCCCAGUGCCUGAAGGACAGCAUUGUGCUGGAGAUGGGCAACCUCUACACAUACAGGCCAACCAUACGCGUAAGUGAGCCAAGCCAUGCCAAGCCAAGCCAAGCCAAGGAUAAGAAAAGUGGCUCCACGUGCUCGUCUUCUCUGUGCAGGUCUACCAGUCCUUACCUGGUGGUGGCCGUCUGCUGAUCGCCUCAUGCACAGGAGACACACGAACAGGAGCCAACACCAACACAGGUCAGCACAGAGAGAGAAAGAGAGAGGCAAAGAGGGAGCCGGAAACAUGCCACACCCACAAAUGCGGUGACUAGGGCUGCAUUGUCUGCAUUAGCUUGCAGGUGGGUCCCCAAUCGCGUGCGACAGCGUCGGCACUCUCGAGGCGCUCGUCAAAGACCAGCGGCACCAGGCAACCCUCACGCUGCAGGACGAUGCAUCGACAACCGUCGAGGUGCAGAUGCAAUGCAUGAGCGACGCGGACCCCGACACGGGACAGCUGCCAGACGACCCAAGUGAGCCCUGAUAUCCCGUGGGUGACCCGCACACCUUUAUAUGCCCAAUUGUUAUCCUCAAUGCCCGGAUGUGUGCAGUGGCCGUCGCGGAGAACUUCAGUGAGUGGACUGAGGCCAUUUGCACGGCGGCGUGCGGCGUCGGAAAACUCCUCAAGUCAAGGAGACAACUGGUCAGUAUGUCGGAAAAUCUAUCCAUGUGUGCGUGGGUGUGUGUGAUUGCCGCAUGUGUCCUUCGUUAUCAGGUGAGCCGUCGAGGGUGUUUCAUCCGCGGCUUGUACAGGAAGCUGUUCCGUCGGUGGAUGCGCAAGGCCAAGGAAUUCGACCUGCCAGUCACGCCUGAAUUCUGCAGCCCAUACACAUGUAUGUACGUGCGCACACAGACAGGCAUACUCGGCAGAACAUGCGUGUGUAUCCAUUCAGGUCCCGAAGUGGAGUGCAGCAUCCCUUAUCCGCUCUUCCCCAUCACAAACAGACCUGAACCCAACGAUAAACGCAACUGCCUCUCAGAAGGUACGCGGCUGCAUCGGGGGGAGCAGGUGACGACGCUUCUCCAUUUCCUUCCAUGGCAUAUAUGUAAUAUGCAGCUGAUUUCAUCACCGGCCUGAUCGCCACGUACGACAUCGACUAUGCCUCCGGCCCCCUGGCCACCCUCCCCGCCCUCUCGCCACAAGAGUUCGGCCUGCACCGGAUUGACAACACAGACAACGGCAAGUGUAUGCUGCUCAGUUACCGCAGCGGCCAGGGGUUGGCUGGCAGCAGCGGCAGCAACAUCGAGCUGGACUUCAACGAGAUGGACACGGACAAUCCCACAAGAGUGCAGCUGUACGACCGGGGUGAGGGGAACGGCACCACGACCGCGACGAUGCUCGGAAGCUGCGACGGCGACUCCAGGCUCAUUGCUGAAGGUGAGCGUUGAGUGUUGCAGGACAUAUCAGCAUGCUGUGAUUGCGUGCCACGUAGGUCCCAGCUGCACCUCCUUCCUGGGACCCGGCAGCCUGGCGAUCAUCUUCUACCGGGCCUACGAGCCGGACACUUUCUCGUUCGUAACGUUCGUGUCCAUCUGUCAGGGCACACAGGUCGUCUUCACCAACAACGGGUGGAAGCGGGAUGACGGCGGCUUCAGAGAGAGCGAGGACCGCUUCACCUGGACGGCGCCCACGGAGGUGACGCCCGGCGAGGUGAUCACUUUCAUGAGCCUCAUCGCCGCAAGCUACCUGCGGCUCGGUGACAAUGGCGACCAGAUCUUUGCGUACCAAGAGCGCAGUGAUGGGGAAAUUGUGUUCAUUUAUGGGGUGAACAACAAAGGGGAGAAGGUGUGGCAGGAUGACGCCACAAACGACAAGACGUCCAGCCUGCCGUCGAUACUGGCCAAGGGGCCUUUCCACAUGCCGCUGAAACAGAACCCCUGCAUACGGUAGCGAUGCAGACGGACAGGACAACACACACACAGACAGGUCAAUAUUGAUGUCUCUCUCUCUCUUUUUCUGUGCGUGUGUGAAUGUCGUCUUUGCAGGUAUCUGGGUCCGACCGAGGGGUCGACGGCCUUUCUGCUGUCGAGCAUCGCUGACCAUGGGCACUGGGGCUGGACGGACAACACCGACGACACAUUCAUUCCCGCAUGCCCAUUCGCAAUCACCGACGCAGGGCAACCAGGUCCGUCAUCAUAUGACACGGACAAGAGACAUAUUUUUUGUGCCUGUGCAGAGAGUGGCUUUUACAGCGGGUCGAGUGCGUGCGAGAACAUGGAACAGGUGACGAUGGUGCUGAUGAACGAGGCCCCCGAGGCGUCGCUGACACUCUUCUCAGAACAGGGUGACCAGGUGCGCAUGGUCCUCACGCCCGCCGCACCCGCACUCGAAGAGCCACAGCCACCAGACAACACCACCGAGCCGGGCCCCAAGCCGACAGCCCGGCCCCCUCCGCCCCCCAACGGCACCACCGAUGCCGCGUCGUAUGUGUUUGAGGGUGGGGAGGUGCUCAAUUGCGACGGCAGCGGUAUGGAGCUGUGCAUCCCGCUGGCCAACGAGGGGCAGCACAUCAACAGCUGGACCUGGAACAACAUGGACGACACACAGACCUGCAGGUCGACCAUCCGAUGGCGCCAGCCGCCCGGCGUCGAGGCCUCGUCUUUGUACAGCUGUCUCUGGGCACCCCUUGCGCAGAACCCAUGCAAUGGUGUCCAAGAGACCACCGUGUGGACGUCACCGGACCACCCCGACGUCCCGUACAUACUCAUACGCAACACAGCCGGGUCAGCCAGACACACAAACCAAGAGAGAGGAGAGACCGAGGUGGAGAGUGGCAUUUGUGCAGGAUAGCGAAGGGUGAGGUGAUCAUAUCUCCUGGGGACACUAGUGUGCGCUACACAGUGGAGUGUCUGUACCAGGGUGGAUAUGGCACCUCAGUCGUGGUGGCCACGGACCAGAGGCAGGCCGUCGUCAUACACGGUGAGCCCUGUCUGUCAACCACCCUUCAUCACACCGUGGCCACAUGCAAGUGAUGUCUCCCGUGUCUCGUCCCUCUCUCUUUCACAGACUUGCCGCUCGGCGCCGUGGCGUCCUUCACAUUCGACCAAGGCCUGGCACGCAACCUCGUCUCAGCAUCACGACCUCCCUUCGCCCUCUCAGCAACCGACAUGGCCUACAACGGCCCCACAGUGAUCAGAGACGGCCUGACAAUCCUCUCGGAGUGCACCACAGCGUCAUUCCAGCUCUUUACCAAGGCGGAUGGCACCAGCAGCAGCGACAUCGAGGCCUUCACUGUGGUAAUGUCAGUCCGUGUGGACACGUGGCCGGAGGGGUGGGACAGCGCAGUGCCGCUGCUAAGUGUGACGAGGGGAGAAGGGGGCGACUCUGUGGCGCUGCUGGAUGCGAUCGCCGCGAAUGCGACCACGGGGGACGACCCGAGAUGCCCCAAUGUGGGCGAGGUCAGGGCGAGCACUGUGUGUGCGGCGGGGCUGGACGUCACCGUCCUGACGCCGCUCACCCUCAUUUUCACCACGGUAAGACGAGGGCGGACCAGGGAACCGCCAUGUCUGCAUUCAUUGCCCUUCGGUUCAUCAGACAGAGGGCCUGCGUGUGUACGUGGGGUCAUCGAGGGUGUACAGUGACCCGGCUCUCCGAGUGGCGAUUGAUAAAACCUCCACAUUCACCCUCGGCAGCCCCAUGGGCAAGGUCCCCGAUGAGACCGGGACCCUUUUGCAGUCGUGUGAUGUUACUGUCGAGAGCCUCUACAGGGGACCGCAGCUCAUCACGCCCGAUGGGGUGUUCCCCGCACACGGGGCCACUGAUGUGCCUCUGGACCAGCGCACCUUGGUGGCCUUCUUGGACCGGCAAUUCACCGUCAAUCGCCCCUUGCAGGUGAGACGAUGACGGCAGAUUUGGUCUGGUGGGUGUGAGCGCCUGUCUGUCUCUCUAGGUGAUGGUCUUUACCAUUCCCGCAUCCACAAUCGACGUGCCGAGCCCACCCCCCGUGUUUGUUGCCCGCUUCACCAAAAGAGGCGAAGGGAAAGGAGACAUGAAGACGAUGGUGUCGGUCAGGGAGUCGGUCAUGACGGUCAGGCUGCCCCUGCACAUGGUCCCGUCCACCCGGUACCAAGUCGUCAUCCCGGCGGGCAGCGUCGCAGACACACACGGGCAGCUGCUCAAGACGCGCAUCGAAUGGCGAUUCACGACGACCGACGGUAGCCUCCCUGACAACAGGUGACUGGCUGGAUGGAACGCAUGCGUGGAGGUGUGCUGAUGUUGUGCUAUGUCUCUUUGUGCAGCCCCCCCGUGCGUCUGUCAUCCUCCUUCCCAUCAAACGGAGUGACCGAUGUGGACCCUAGAGGCCCGAUCGUCAUUCCCUUUGACGGGCCCGUCACACGUGGGUAUGGCGCGAUCACCAUCCGGCCCACGGACCACUCCAACGACACCCACCAAUCAUCGCUGCGCGACCUUGCCCUCACAAUUGCCAUCGAGGACAAGUCGCUUGUGCACGUCCAAGAAGACGUGAUGGUGGUCCACCUGCCGUCCCCCCUCUUCCCCUACACCACCUAUGAGACACUGCUUCCCGCCUAUUCCCUGUUCGACCAUGCCGGCAACCCUCUGCAGCCCCCGGGCAUCUACAUCCGCUUCAGCACGUGGGACAACGAAACACUCGACGAGACGGCAGCAGAGGCAGGAGGCGUGCUCUCCCCCAAUGAGUGGGACACACAGCCGCCGUCGCUCUUGCACUUUACAAGCGUGUCCCCAACCGUCACCGACGUAUACCUGGAGAUGGUUUUCGAUGAGGAUGUCCGUGUUGUGCCGGGGUGGGUCUACAUCGCCUCUGUGGAGGGGCUGGAAGAGAGACCGAUGCCUGUGUGGCUGAGCAAUGACGCUGUCGUGGGAUCGCAUCUAGUCGUCAGGGCGGCUGGUGUGGCUGCCGGCCUGGGGUAUAGUGUCAUUGUGCCCCGCAGCCGCAUUCGAGACCACGCAGGCAACUUCUUUGCUGGACUGAGGUGAGGUGAGGUGGAAAGAGCGGACGCCGUGUCUCUGUCCUAUGCAUCAAUUAUGUCCGCGACACGCAGAUACGGCGACAGGACCUUCACCGUCCCUCAGACGACCACCAGCCCUUCGCCGUUACGUCUCGUCCGUGACCUGUCCUACCCUCCCCCCGACUCCACCCGGCUGCCCCCCACCUCACCCGUCAUCCUCACCUUCUCCCACGCCGUCUGCCGCCCCUCCUUUCCCUCAUACAUCCUCGUCAAGCCCGUCCAGGCGCCCGGCCGUUCAGCCAUAGCGUCUCUUGUCGACACAUCAGACAGCGAGCAGGUGCGCAUCGAGGGGCCGUCCGUGUUUCUGAGCCUCAGGCCAUGGCUCACGGGCGGCACUAUAUAUGAGAUGGUGCUGCUGGAGGGCACCUUAACCGACUGCAGGGGUGGCAGGUCUCCUCCAGUCGGGGAGAGUGUGGGAGGCGAGGCUUUUUCCUUCUCUGUCGGCGCGCCUACUGACGGCACACCACCCACAUUGGUGCAGCUGUCGCCUGUUGCGGGUUCAGCUGACGUGGAGACAUCGCUGCGAUCGCUUGUGCUGGCUUUUGACGAGCCAGUCGUCAUCGCGCCGCGAGCCACCCAGUCCAUUGGGAUAUCCCGCGGCGGCCAAUCAGAUAGGGAGAUAGGCCGUGAGCACGUUAAGGCGUUCGGGAGUGUUGUGGUGAUUGAGCUGGAGAGUGCCUUGCGGCCCGGUGGCGAUUAUGGCGUGUCGAUUCCCGUCGGGCUGAUAAUGGACUAUGCCGGCAACGUCUUCAGCUUCUACAGCAAGUGGGAAUUCAGCACAUCCGCUCUGCCGACGGCAUCUGCCAGCCCUUUGGCUCUGCUGAGUGCCUUCCCGCAGAGCCUCGCAGUCGGUGAGCCGCUGACUCUUCUCUUCAACGAGACGAUCAGCAUACACGUCACCGGCCAGGCAAUCGAAGUGCGGCCGACCAACGACGAGCACGCGCCAUUCCACAUUCGAGACGACGGCUAUUUCUACCAAGGAGAGCUGGGGAGUGCGCAGUGGACCGAAGGAAAAGGGAGCCUCAUUGCCACUGACGGCGGGCUGGCGGUGCUUUCCUUCCCCUACCCCCUGGGCCCAUCUCUCUCAUACAAUGUCACCCUUCCCGCCGGUCUAUUCACUGGUCUAAACGGGUCUUUGUCAAGCGAGACGACCAUCAGCAUCGACCUCUCUGCAGCAGCCGAUGCCGCCGAUCAAGAGCCGCCUCGAGCACUGUAUUUCUUUCCUCCGCCCGAGGGCAUCCCUCUGGUGUCAUCGGACAUCAUCGUGAGCUUCACAGAAGACAUUGCCCCAUCCCUCAAUGUGGAAGAACAGCAGCAGGUCACCCUGAAGCCAGAUGGAGGGGCCGAGGAAGCCGUCCCCUUCACGAUCAAGGGCAGCGUGCUCAUUGCGACGCCUGCAUCGGUUCUGCAGCCGUCCACUGCAUACACCCUGACCAUCCCACAGACAGCCAUCACCGACCUCUCGCGCAAUCCCAUGACCGGCGAUGUCGUCUACGCCUUCACGACCGGCCAGCCGCCAUCCAGUGGUGAAGAAGAGGACACUCGUGGCCCGGCUGUGUUGCCUGGAGGCGUUUUGCCCCCACAGGACGCCACGGAUGUCCCUCCCUCUGUGUCGUUCGUGGUGGUGUUUGACGGGCCUGUGAUAGUUGUUGGGGGCGUGCUGGCGUUCGCCGCUGCUGAGAGGCCUGGCGUGGAUCCCAUCUUUGUGGAUCUGCAUGACGCCGAGAGAGUGUGGCUUGGCGGCAGUGCUGGCAACCACAUCAUGAUUGUCGCUCUCGAGAGGCACCUGCUGCCAGACACACAGGUAGGAGGCGGGGAAACAUGGAUGGAUGGAUACACAAUCUCUGAUUGUGCGUGUCUGUGUGUGCAGUAUACCGUGACAGGGCCACUGGGUCUUCUGGAGGAUGCGUCAGGCAACGCUCUCACUUACGAUGUCUCAACACAGGCAGGGCGAUUCACAACCGGCGCCCCGUCAGCCGUCCCCCCAACGACGCUCACCACCCCGACCGCCCCCCUGGUCCUCAGCCACGCGGCCCCCAUCCCUCCCGUGCAGCUCGACACACCCACGGGGGAUAUUAUCCUCUCCUUCCCUCACCCAUUCACACGUGGCAGCGGGGUGAUUGAGGUGGUUCCUGAAUCGAUCGACGGUCUGUGGCCCCCAUCGCUGUCGUUCGAUGCUGCCAAGCAGACGGCGACCGACAUGGACGUCACGAGUGAGGGCCAUGUGGGGCUGCUGGGCGGCGGGCGUGUUGUCAAGGUGCGGCUUGGGUCGGUGGGUGUGCGGCUCACUCAAGGGGGUGAGUACAGGAUACGGUCGUCAGAGGGGGCCCUCUUGGUGAGUGAGUAUGAAGACUGGAGAACGGACGACCUGAGACACAAAUGUCUUCCCUGCCUUGGUUGCUUUCAGGCGCUUCAGGGCCGCAGCUCCCUGUCUGUCGAUGCCUCCAUAUCAGUGGCCGAUGCACCAUUAACAGGAGACACCGACGACGAAGAGGCAUAUGCCACCAUUCAGCCGCAGAGCGUCACGCCCCCACGUCAAUCAACCUCGCCGUCCUCCACCCCCGCAUCUAUCGUGCUGCACUUCCCCGCCCCUGUCAUCGCCGCCGCCGCCGCGUGCCGCAUCUUCGUGUGGCCCCACACACAGCAGGUGGCACCCGAGGGGAGAGCCGCUGUGGACAGCCAGGCUGUCAUCGAUCUGACAGACUCAGCAAAGGUGCAAAGCACGGUCAGAAAGGCUGAAAUAUGCCCCGUGACGUGACAUGUGGUGUCUGUUGUGCUCAGGGGAUGGUGCGUGGAGGUGUGGUGGCGGCUAACGUGCCCUUUCUGCGGCCGUCGACCACAUUCAGGGUGCAGCUGCACCCGCCAGACCGAUGUCUGCAAGACGUGGUCAGCCACUCAUUCGUCGAGUGGAGCGCGCAGGACGACUGGACAUUCACCACUGGCCCCGCUGCUGCAGUCCAACCUCCCAAACUUCUCAAAAGUGAGUCUUCGCCCCCCAGACAGAUCUCACCUUGAUGUGUGGCUGUGGUGCAUGCAGCCUUCACCGUGCCAGCUGCCGUCCUGUCCAGCAACGCGGUGCCCGCAGAGCUUUCUGACGCAUCAGCCCCCGCCCAUCCCGCCAUCCUCGUUGCCGUUUUCGACACUCCCAUCAGAGUGGCCGAGCGGGCCUUCGGCACCAUCCGGCUGCCCGACGGGUCUGCACGGGCAUUCCACAGCCCGCAAUGCGACUCGUUCUGCCAAGUACUCACUGUCCUCUCCCCUGCGGUGCUGUCCCCCAUUGUUACGUAUUUGGUGACACUGGAAGGGCGGUCCCUGCUCACAGACGAUGGGAGGCCAGUACAGCAGGGCUAUGAGUGGAGUGUGCAGGGCCCUGAGACGGAAAAUGGGGAGGGUGGCGGUGCAGCGACGGCUGAGGUGUUUCCAGUGGCCGGCAGCUCGGAUGUGUCCCUCACACCCGUUCUAAGUAGGUGGGCUACUCUCGUGAGGGGGGAAAUCAGCGAACAACUUCAUCCAUAAUUGUCGUGCUGGUGCGGCAGGAGCGUACAUGGGCACAUCGACGAGUUGGUACCUGACGAGCUCCCCAGACGUGUCGGUGAGUGUGUCGUCUUCUUCAGCGGCCUUUGCCCCCUAUACCAUCCCCCUAAACUCUCACCACGUACGCAGCACGCAGAACGCAUCCACUGUGCCUUCGUAUGGGGACCAAUGAGACACAAUGGACGGCUGGACGGAUGAUCUCUCUGUCCAUGUCUAUCCGUCUGUCUGUCUGUCUCUUUAGGUGGGGUCCGUGGGCCCUUUCCUGCAUGUGUCGCUGCCAUCAGUGCUCCCCCCCUCCCAGACCAUCAUCGUCACCCUCCCUGCACAGGCCAUCAGGACCAUUGCCGACGGCACCCCGCUGCUGCAGUCUGACAUCGUGUGGCGCUUCAGCACUGAGGCAGCCGAUGGGGGCGGCACAGCAUGGGAUGGUGUCAUCGACAGGGUGCCCCUACAUCGCGCCAGAGACGUGGCGACCGACACACACAUGGUUGGAUCAUUCGGAUGCGCAAGUGUAUGUGACCAUCCGGUAUUGUCCAAGGGUCUGUCUCUGUCGACUUGACUGAUUGCAGCGGUUGGUGUUUGACCGGGCGGUCUAUCUGGAGGUGGCCCACAAUUCCCCCCACAUGUUGGCACUGACCCCCAUCGAGAGGGAUUCCCUGGUCCCCCAGAAGCAGAGAGGUUCCGUCGAUGCUGCCGCCCUACCCACCAUCCAAAUCCCUCUCAACGACACACAGCAGGCAGGCAGCCAGCAUGCCUUACCACCCCAUCCCACAUACCGAUCUGCCCUUUUCUCAGGUCAUGAUAUCCGGCUCAGUGUUGGUGGUGACACCUCGGCUGCCGCUAUUCCACGCCACCACUUAUAGCGCCACCAUCAGCAGCACCGCACUGCUGGACAGCCGAGGGGCGGCGUGGGAGGGUAUCGACGGCACCGCCCGUCAGUGGCGCUUCACGACAAGGAAUGUCAUCCGUCGGCUCAGUGAUGUCACGCCUCCCACACUGCGUGUGACCUCCAUACGCCCGGCUGUGAGCAAAACACACACACACAGAGACUGUGCCUUAACCUACGUCUCUCUGUCAUGUGUAUGUGUGUAAUGUCAGCCCGGCAGCCGCCAUCUGCCGCUGUCGACAUCGCAAUUUGUGAUGCGGUUCACCGAGCCGGUGCUGCCGGGGAGUGCGGCAAAGUCGGCAGCCGUCAGCUUCAGACCAGCAGACACAUCAAAGGACACCAUCCACGUCUACACCGACGACCCAAUGCACGUAAGGACCUAUGUGCCGACCGUUGUUGCGAUGGAUGAUGUGUGGACGGUGGCUUGUCACGGUGGGUGGUUUGUCUGAUUGCUGUCAGGUGCGGAUUGACGGCAGCAGUGUGCAGGUGUUGCUUCCCCAAAGGCUGGAGCCCUCCACUGUCUACACGGCCUACUUCAGCAAGACAGCCUUCACCGACCUCGCCGGCAACCAGGCGCAAUACGGUCAGCCACUCUCUCUCUCUGUGUGCGUGUGUGACCGCAUCCCUGCCCUCACGCCCAUAUCGAUGUCUGCAGACUCCCGUUGUGUGGUGGAGGUGACCGACACCGACAUAACGGCCGUCGCCCUCAAGACCCUCCCCAACUCCAGCCCCACCCACUGCCGCGCACAGUGCUACCUCACACCCGCAUGUGGUGGCUUCAUUCUCAUCCAGGGGGACCCACUGAACAAAUGUUCCCUCAAGGCCGGCCCCGUCAUCGACACACACAUCAAACCGGGGACAGCCACGUACUACGGGGGCUACAUGAGGCAGUGCUGGGAGGUACAUGGCUUCCCGGAGCCCACUACGGCCGCUCCUGGGGAUGAGGAGCGCAGGCGGCUGCAGGCCAUCGAUGAGACAGGUAUGGUAUAUUGGUGUGUGGGGGUGUGGGGGAUGAGAAGGCGAUCGAGACGGUGAUGUGUUGGUUGUGUGCUCGUCAGUGCCCCACCAUGGGUCGUUCUGGCGCUUUGAAACCAAGCCGCUCGCCGAUUCCCCAUCCACCGAACCCAUUGGCAGCCGCACGGGGCCCUUUGCUGCGUCUGUGACAUUCGGCCGUUUUGCUCUGUAUGAUAGGGACUUUUCUGCUGCUGAAUUGCCGCCUCCCGGUAAAGUCGCCUGCCAGCCGCUUGUCUUUCUGUGUGUGGGAAUGUAUGGCGCUGCUGCCUCUGCAUUCUGCAUUCUGCAUUCAUGCAGCGUCGGUCGCUUCAUACCGGAACGGAAGCUUCGCCGUGACGCUGGACCUCUGCAUUGACGAAACUUGCGGCGAGACGCAGCAGCUGACCCAGCCCUUCGUGUACCCAACCGACUCCCCAGAGUUCUACGUCAAAGCAACGACUGACGUACGUGUGUAGGGGUCGACGAGACGGCCUCCUGUCGGUGUGGAAGCUCUCUGUCUCUGUUGUGUUGCAGGUGCCGGGUGUGUACCCAGUGUUUCGUGCGUGUUAUGCGCUGCCGAUUCCCCCCUCCUCACCGCUAGAAGAGCUCCUCGAGCGGCGCAUCACGCUGCUGCAACUGGCGUGCGGCAUCCCCGCCGACCCUCAGUCGAGUCCCUUCGGCUUCGUCCAGGAGUCCUUCAUCGGCCAAGCGUACGCCAGCUUCUUCACCAUCGACAUCAGUGAGGUGUCGCCCUCAUCGCAGCAGCUGCUCUAUCUAGCGUGCGAUGUCGACCUCUGUCUCGAUCCAAGGUGCCUGGACGACCCUGUCGAUACCUGCCCCACUGGACAAAGGUACGUACGAUGGGCAAUGCACCCAUUGGAAGUUUGAUAUAUCGAUGGACGUGUGUUGGUUGUGUAGGCGUCUGCAGGCGUCCGGCGGCGCGAGCGCCUCGGUGCUCACUUCCAAGGGUCUGCAGAUGGGGCCCAUUCUGCAGCAGGGCCAGCAGGCCCGGAAGGUCUACCCCGACGGGACCAUCUAUGACAAUAUCAACGACCAGGUCAUCGUCAAGGGCAGCUCAUGGCGAGACGACACCGACGAGACACGGGCGAACCAUCUCCUUCUCUAUGUUGGCGUGAGCCUGGGGGCUGCUGCGGUCUUGCUCUUGAUUGCCAGCAUUGUUUACUUCAAGCGGCGUCGGAAAAGGGGGGCAGCACCGCUAUUCGCGGCGAGCAAAGAUGUGUCUUCUCGUGACGGCCAAUUUGACAUCGAUAUACCCUCGUCGGCCACCAAGCCGGCCGACCUAUCGCCCUCGCGGCCCGCAGCGAGGAUAGUGGGACAGUCUACACGUUUCUCUGACCAUGGCUUAGAUAACGAGGCAGAGGACAGCAGCCCCGCGUCUGGAUCUUCGCAUGUCCCUGAUGACGCCCCAGUUGAGGAGAGGAGGGGCUCUCAUCUGUCAGCACUGAGCCACCUGCGGAUUCUUGUGGGUGCGUCUCAGCGACACAUGUCUCUCGGUGACAAUCGCGACGAUGGCGAUGACGAUGACGAGUCAACGCCCCUCGGGUCAAGUGACGGUAGAGAGGCGCUGCCUGCUGGUCUGAAGCGCAGGUCGUUGUCGAAGCAUGGCGACGAAGAGAGUAGCCCUUACGCGUCUUCAGAGAAAGAAGAUGUACAUGUGGGCGAGGAGACGAGACAUCAAGGCGUUGACCAGGGGUUUCGGUCGAGCAUCGUGAGUGCGACAGGUGUGCCGGCUGUCAAUCUGGAUGACUUCAGCUAGCUAGUGACGUACGUACGUACGUGUAGAGUAGUGUUUGGGACGGAGUGUGUGACGCGUCAUAUGCGAACUGUGUCUGUCCAUAUAUGGGACAAACUGGCUGGUGGUUGAGGCCGUGUGACGC